AUGAGCGAAGAAUCACCGUCUCACAUCAAGGAGAGCGAGAAUGAGGUGUUCUCGGAAGUGAUCGAGCUCGGUGGCAUCAAGACGCUCGAAUUCUACGAUCCCGAGCUCGAAAGCGCAGGGACUCUGGACCGUUUCCUGGACCUGGCGUUCAACUCUGAGUUGUCCCCCACCUGUGUCUCAGAGCACCCGACCACGGCCGAAGUCGAACUCACCCGCGAGCUGCUCGCCCUCGUUCGCUUCCUGCAGAAGUACGAAUGCUGGAGUCUCUUCCGCCAGCUACGCAUGUGUGCCACCGAGCACGUGAAGAGCAAGGAGCUUUCGGCGCACACUGCCUUCAUCGUUGGUGCUGUGGCUGAAGAAGUUGAUCUCUGCUCCGCUGCGCUCCAGCACGCCUGCACCGUCGACGCCGACUGGAGACUGAACCGGCACUCUGCUAUGCGAUACUGGAUCUGCGCCGCGGAUCCUGGCUCGGUCGAGCGCUCGCUGUGGGAUCUCUUACCGGCUGCGUAUGCCUGGGCGUGGAGUAAGGCGUGGGCGCAGGGGAUGGGCGCGGUUGAGCACCGCCACUCGAGGCAGCAUGAGCUGUCUAGGGUCAUUCCUGAGUUUAGGAAGGCUGUAAAGGAGACGGAGGUGCGCGACUCUGCAGGAAAGUAG